GUGGACGCCGUGGACGGCAGCACGCUGGAGCAGGUGGAGGCCUCCAUAAGGAGCAUCAACGAGCUCUGCAGCAUCACCCGCUGCAGCCUGAGCCAGAACCCGUGGGCGGUGGACCUCCCCGGGCUGCUCGCGGCCGAGAGCUUCAGCCUGGACCGCGUCCUGGACGAGCUCGGCGCGACAGGGGCCCCGGCGGCGCCCCCCGGCCUGCCGCCCUUGCCGAAGAGAGCGCGCAUUGGCCCCGGGGCCCUGGACGUGGUGCGGUCGUCCUUCUCGCCGAAGAGCCGCCACGACAGCGACAUAGGCACCUUCACGGUGACGCUCGAAGGA